CCCAGGAAGAAGAGAUAUGUUGUAUUGUGUACAUGAAAACUCUACACCAGAGCAACCACAAGACAAGACGUGGAAAACCAAAAAGUACCCCCAGGAUCCUGACGUCGUUCAAGCUGAGCAAGCCCUUUCUCAACAGCCAAGCAGCACCGUACCCGUAGAAGGCUUUGGCCGCUUCCUUCAAGCCAGAUCUGAACAGUCUGCCGUCCUCAGUCGAUUCUAUGGACAUACCAUCACAAACUAUGAUAAUGGAUACCCCCUCUUUCGCAAGGUCCGUCUUUCAACGUACUUCAACAAACAACGUGCCGAUCAAAAGCUUAUUCAAGACUUACGCACCAAGUUUGGAGAAGGCGCCGUGUUUGUGAUGGGAAACUGGCCCACUCCCCAUGCUACGUAUCAUGAGCCCAUCCAUGGCCUUGGUUUCCGAAGACUCCUCAAGAAACAUGGGUUACAAGUCUAUCUUAUAGACGAGUACAAGACCAGUGGGUGCUGUCCAACAUGCCACAACGAGAGCCUCCACACGUUCCGUCGUAUUCCAAAUCCACGACCGUAUCAACGUGAGCGAUCUCCUGCUGUUGUCUGCCAUGGCCUUUUAAGAUGCACCAAACUAUACUGUAGACCCGCCAUGGCAGCUCCAGAUAGAUAUCGCUUAUGGAACAGGGAUGUUGCUGCUUGUCUCAACUACAUGCACAUCCUUCGUGAGCUUCGACGUAAUGGCAUGGUUCCUCAUAGGUUUCGCCGGGUUGCUGUUGCUCCUACAAGACGUCGAAGAAGAGUGGACGAUCAGGAGCAACCAAGAACUAGGAUACGCUUAGACGAUGAUUCUCCUUCCUAG